GUUCAUAUUUCAUAGAGUGUGUAACAAUUUGUGUGUGUUUUGUCGUUCGUUGUCGGUGUCGGUGUCGGUCUCUCAGCGGCAAUUCGCGGGGGUAGACAAAUGCGGUUCGAUUGGGUGGCCAUUAAACCAAGUGGGGCACUAAUGAAAUGGUAUUCGGUGCUAUGUUGCUGACGGGUAACCUCAACGGACCCAAGCAGAAGCAGCAGCAGUCACAACAACAGCAGCAGCAGCAACAGCAGCAGGAGGAAUCAUCCCAAUCUGUUUCUGCUUCCUCCUCCAGCAAAGAGCAACCACAACAGAAGCAACAGGAUCAGCCACCAGCCGCUGGAUAUUAUGCCUUGGGCAUACGCUUACCAAAGUCGCCAUCGUUCCACAGCGGCCUAGACCAGCUGGCCGACGACGAGGAGGAGGACCAACAGUCGCUGGAAUCGUCUGCGCAGGGUAGCAGUAAGUUCAAAUUCAGCAGCGUGGAGGAACUGAAGGCCAAGUUCGAGGGUCGAAAGAUGCCCCUGUCGCCGCCAGAGGCAGCCGCAGUAGUAGUAACCACCACAACAUCCUCGUCGCCAUCGUCCUCGUCCACCAGCUCCAAUUCGUCGGCAUCGGCAUUGUCCUCGCUAUCGCAGGCGGCCUCUUCCUCGUUGGCCUCGGCUGCUGCCAAUUCCUCGGCCUCGUGCUCAUCCUCAGCGGCCACCUAUGGUGGUGGAGCCAAUUCAGCUGCCGCCGCUUUGAUAGCCUCGUCGCCGUUUGGCUCACAGUCCUCCACAUCAUCGUUGUCGCUGUCCUCAAAUGCAGGGAUGUCGAAGAACACGGCACCAGCAACAGCAACAACAGCAGCAGCAGCAGCGGCAGGAAGCACAGGCAGUGGUGGAAAUUCGCUUGUAUCCACAUUGGCGCAACACUUCUCGGCGGCCACAUCGGCUGCAGCAGCAGCUGCGGCCACAGCAGCCGCCUCAGCAGCAUCGUCCGCGUCCUCAUCGUCCGCUUCAUCAUCUGCCACCAAUAAUGCAGGCGGCUCAAUAGCGGCCAGCAAGUCACCCGUGAGUGCGGCCGCAGCCAUUAAGAACAUAUUGAAUGCCACCAAGAGUGUGGGAAAUAGUGCUGCAGCAGCAGCAGCGGCAGCAGCAUCCUCGACCCUGCCAUCGGCUGCUGCCGAAGGCCAGGAGGUGCCCGUGCCGCCAGCCGAGGAGCUGCGUCCAACGGUGGCACAGAAUCUGGUGGGAGGCAUAAGCAUCUCCCUGGGCAUUGGCCAGCGCAAUGGCAGUGGAACAGCACCAGCAACAGUGACAGCAACAGCGACAGCGACAGCAACAACCACAUCCACAUCUGCAGUUGUUAUUCUGCCAACGACUACGCUGGGCAUACAUCAGAAUGGUGAUGUCACAGGUGGUGGCGGAAUGGCUGGAAUUAUUGGUCAUUCGUCGCAACAUCAUCAUCAUCAGGGCCUCACAUCCCCACAAACGUUGCAACAGCUGACGGGCAGUCCAGGACGUGCACGCGAUCGGAAUCUGUUUCAUUCGCCGCCCACUGCGUCGGUUGCCUUGGCACUGCCUGCACUGCGAGAGACGGCCGCCAGUGAACGGGAAGAGCUUUUCAUCCAAAAGAUACGACAAUGUUGCACGCUUUUCGAUUUCUCCGAGCCGCUGAGCGACCUCAAAUUCAAGGAGGUGAAGCGUGCGGCUCUGCACGAGAUGGUCGAUUUUCUCACAAACCAAAAUGGCAUCAUUACCGAAAUUAUCUAUCCGGAGGCGAUCAAUAUGUUUUCUGUGAAUCUAUUCCGGACGCUGCCGCCAUCAUCAAAUCCGAAUGGUGCCGAAUUUGAUCCCGAAGAGGACGAGCCAACGCUCGAGUCGUCUUGGCCACACCUUCAAUUGGUAUAUGAGCUGUUUUUGCGUUUCUUGGAGUCACCGGAUUUCCAACCAAAUAUUGCCAAGCGUUAUAUUGAUCAUCAAUUUGUAUUACAAUUAUUGGAUUUAUUCGAUUCGGAGGAUCCACGUGAACGUGAUUUCCUAAAGACUGUUUUACAUCGCAUCUAUGGAAAAUUCUUGGGUUUGAGAGCAUUUAUUAGAAAGCAGAUCAACAAUGUCUUUUACAGAUUUAUUUAUGAGACGGAACAUCAUAAUGGCAUAGCCGAAUUAUUGGAGAUAUUGGGCAGCAUUAUCAAUGGUUUUGCUCUACCGCUCAAAGAGGAGCAUAAACAAUUUUUACUUAAGGUAUUGCUGCCAUUGCACAAAGCCAAGAGCCUCUCGGUCUAUCAUCCACAGUUGACCUACUGUGUGGUGCAGUUCCUCGAGAAGGAUCCCAGUUUGUCCGAGGCGGUCAUCAAUUUGCUUAAGUUCUGGCCGAAGACGCACAGUCCCAAGGAGGUGAUGUUCUUGAAUGAGGUGGAAGAGCUGCUGGAUGUGAUCGAGCCGGCCGAGUUCCAGAAGGUGAUGGUGCCGCUGUUUCGUCAGAUAGCCAAGUGUGUCUCCUCGCCGCACUUUCAGGUGGCCGAACGGGCGUUGUAUUAUUGGAACAACGAGUACAUUAUGUCCCUAAUAGCGGACAAUUCGGCGGUUAUACUGCCAAUAAUGUUCCCAGCGUUGAAUCGCAACUCCAAGACGCACUGGAACAAGACCAUACACGGUCUCAUUUACAAUGCGCUCAAGCUGUUCAUGGAGAUGGAUCAGCGGUUGUUCGACGAGUGCAGCAAGAACUACAAGCAAGACAAGCAGAUGGAGCGAGAGAAGCUGUCGCACCGGGAGGAGCUUUGGCAGCAGGUGGAGAGCCUGGCCAGGACCAAUCCAGAGUGGUCCAGGUCGAGCUAUUUCAAUAACAGCCGCCUGCAGCAGCAGCAGCAGCUAACCGAUAGUCAAAAUCUGUACGAUCAAUACAAUGAGAAUGAUCUAACGUACGAUCAGCUACCGCAGCAGUCGCGCCAGCCACCGCCGCCGCUACCACCACAGAAACAGUCGUCGCUGCAGGAGCCCCGAGAGAUACGCGGCGAACGGAACAAGGAGAAGCCAUUGCUGAGGCGAAAAUCCGAUCUGCCCACGGACAGCGGCACUGUGCGAGCCCUAAUCGAGCACAAGCGACAAGAUGAGUUCUUAACAACGCCGCCGCCAGACGGAAGCAAUUACUGAGAAAACAGAAACAUAAACAGAACAAACAAAAAACAAAUCCCCUGGUCAAGAACACAACCAAAAUCCACCACGAACAACAAAUCUCAAAAAAACGCUGGCGUUGCACAAAGUUUUGAAGCAAAGCUUGAGGCUUUCGAGAUGAACCCAAACAAGGUCCACGAUCCACAAACACAAUACACAAACACACACACACACACACACACACACACGUACAAAGGCACAAAACGAGGAAAAGAAAAGGAAAUCCUUUUUUGGGGCUUAGUGCGAGGGCGCGUGGACAAGAUUAAAUACAUAAUUUCUUUAUAUAAAUACAAUAUAAAAUACUUAUCUAUAAUGAAAAAUGCAUAGUACCAAUAAAGAUCAGAGAAAUCCCAGAAUAUU